UUUUUUUUCCUGCAGAGGGAUGCGCAACAGGCUAUGUCCCUGCUGAGUGUAGCACAACGAACUGGGUUUAAAAACCUCUAUUUCUUCACUCAGGAGGACCAUAGGAAAACUUUUAUGAUAUAAGAGUUUCACCUUUUUUGUUCAACUGUGUGUGAACAGAAGAAGACAACUUCACAGCCGUUGUCUUUGACACAAUAACCGGGUUUGUUCGAGGCCUGCUUCGCAUGGAUGAGGUGCGGCCUACCAGUGGAGCUCCAGCCCACGGGCUGGUGCCGCUGUUUCCCCCUGGACUGCAGGCUAUCUACGGGGAAUGCCGGCGACUUUACCCCGAACAGGCCAACCCGCUUCAAGUCACAGCCAUUGUGAAAUACUGGUUAGGUGGACCAGACCCGUUAGACUACAUCAGCAUGUACAGGAGUUCUGGCUGUCCAGCUCAGGACGUCCAGGAGCAUUGGCACUAUGUCAGCUUUGGACUGAGUGAUUUAUAUGGGGAUAAUAGAGUUCAUGAAUUCACAGGGGCGGAUGGACCCAGUGGGUUUGGCUUUGAGCUCACCUUUAGACUUAAAAGAGAGGUUGGGGAGACGGCACCACCGACCUGGCCGGCUGAGCUCAUGCAAGGCUUGGCUCGCUAUGUGUUCCAGUCAGAAAAUACAUUUUGUAGUGGUGACCAUGUGUCGUGGCACAGUCCACUGGACAACAGUGAAUCCCGCAUCCAGCAUAUGUUGCUCACAGAGGACCCACAGAUGAUACCGAUUCAGACGCCGUUUGGCACAGUGAGCUUCCUCCAGAUCGUAGGUGUGUGUACAGAAGAGCUACAGGCGGCCCAGCAGUGGAAUGGCCAGGGCAUCCUGGAGCUGAUGCGUGGAGUCAAAGUAGCCGGUGGCCCCUGGCUAAUCACAGACAUGAGGAGAGGGGAGACCAUUUUCGACAUUGAUCCACACCUACAACAGGAGAGAGUGGAUCAGGGAAUCGAGACAGAGGGCUCCAACCUGAGUGGGGUCAGCGCUAAGUGUGUGUGGGACGAUCUGAGUCGACCGCCAGAGGAUGAGGAGGACAGCCGAUCCAUCUGCAUAGGAUCACAGCCACGCAGGCUCUCAGACAAAGACACGGAGCAGAUCAGGGAGACUCUGAGGAAAGGACUGGAGUUUAACAGCAAGGCAGCACUACCACCCAUCAACAGCCAGAGACAGAGCCAUGAGAGACCUCAGAGUCGGAAAGACAGUUUGGAGAGUGAGAGCUCAGCAGCCAUCGUUCCUCACGAGCUGGUCCGAACACGACAGCUAGAGAGCGUCCAUCUCAAGUUCAACCAGGAGUCGGGCACACUGCUGCCCCUCUGUCUGAGGGGCCGGCUGCUUCACGGGAGACACUUCACUUACAAAAGUAUCAAUGGAGACACAGCCAUUACCUUUGUGUCUACAGGAGUUGAAGGAGCUUUUGCUACUGAAGAGCAUCCAUAUGCAGCUCACGGCCCCUGGCUUCAGAUAUUGUUGACUGAAGAGUUUGUGGAGCAGAUGCUCGGGGAUUUACAGGAGCUUAACACCCGUGAGGAGACAAAGUUACCAAAGGAGUACAGCUGGCCGGAAAAGAAGCUGAAGAUCUCUGUACUACCAGACUCUGUGUUUGAUAAUCCGUUACAAUGAAACAGAGACACCUUAUCUCUAGAAAUGACCCACCAGCUGCAGACACACUUCCAGAGUGGACCACCAUGAACAGGAGACCUCCCUGGACCCUGAGCUGUCAGAUAUGUUGCUCCUGCUGCGGAUGGCCUGAGACUGUUUCACUAUGUAAAUGAUCUGAGGGAUGAUCUAAACACUUCUGACUGUUACUGCAUUCUAAGACAAGCCCAACUGUUUACAACAUUUCUCUUAAGGCCUGAAUGCUUUUGAGAACGCCGAAUCGGCCUGAAAACCAGCCUGUCCAGAUGCUCGACCUGUAAGAACAGUCAUUACAGGUAACACAUUAGCUGAAGGGCAAAGUAGGAUGUUGUCAUUCCUCUAGUAAGGCCUGCCAAAGUCUGAGGUUCAAAAUAUAUGUCACUAAAAUACAGGCGAGAAUGCAUCCGAGCAAAGUGCCCCAAAAGGUUGCUGGGUUGGAUGGUUCCUGUAAUAGCUCUAUUUAUUCCAUUGGCCUUAGAAAGGACAGAAGAGUCAAGUUUUACCUUUUUAUUUGUGCGUUUCUUCAGUUGGAGCUCCUGUGUUUAUUAUUAACAAAUGCUGGACAUUUUUCUUUUGUGUGUUUGUGGUCAUACCAAAGUUUUAGAUGUUGGCUGUCUACUGCCAGAGCUGUCUGCGUCACUAAUGUGUCAUGGUUUUGUAAUAACGACAUGACAGGAUGAUUACUGUUCCCCUCCGCCUGUUUGUCUGAGAGAGUCAGCCAAACAUUCAAACUGCUUUUGAAGUCAUCUGGAAAAUGCUGCAGGUGUAACCUCCUCUUCUCCGCUGUGCCAAGGACAUGACUCCUCUCUUAAGUAAUAAUUUUUGAAUGUGACUGCUCAGUUUUCUCACGCAUUUCAAAGUCAUGAAAUGAAAUCAAGUCCGUUAUAAACAUUCAAAGGAAGGAAAACUUUAUAUCACUCUCUGUCAAAUGUUGUCUCCGGUGGCCACAUAAAUCAGAUGUUUCUUCUUUUAUCAGUAGGACCUGCUUGAACAUGUGUUGGAGUAGAAUUCCUCAGUGCCUUGAGUUGAAAAGGACCACAUAUUCUGCUCACUCUCAGUGUGACAGCUUCUCGAUGGUUAAGAGGUAUCAUUUCUAAUCCAGGCUGCUGCAUUAAUUGUUUCUGAUUCUGUCAUUCCAUAUUAACACCAAACAGAGAGCAGACUCCCUUUACUACAGUGUCUUCUGACAAAUGUGUUCUUAUACUUUAUGUGAACGUGUCUUAUCUUUGUUUGUCUUUUUUAUUCAGUGACAUGUAAAGUUUAGUCAACCUUUAUGUGAUUUUUUUUUUUUGUAAUUACUAUCUUAUUGACUGAACUGGCUGAUUGUAAUCCCAAGUGCAUUAAAGAGUGUAGAUAUUUACACAAAUAAAGCUGCAAAAGGAACCCAGA